AAAAUAGCGAAUAUAAUAGGUAGAGAGGUAUAGGUAGAGAGACUUAAGAGAGCAAGUCAAUAAACACACACGUCAACCCAUUGCUCCUACUAUCAUUGUUUUUUCUCUCCAAUGGCAACAAGAAAGAACUACCUCGAGAGACCAAAUUACAUGUAUGUUGGAGUGGAGAGAGAGAAUUCUAUCACUCCCACCACCGAUCCAUUCGAAUUCGAAGAAGCCGACGUUUGGAGCCCAUCAAAUGAUCAAGUCUUUCCAUCAUCAGAAGUCAAAAAAUCAAUACCCAAUUCACGUUCCUCAAAGAAACCGGUCAGAAGGAUGGGUAGCGGUGAUCGGAGAGCCACAGCCACCGCGGCAUCAUUGCCGGUGAACGUACCGGAUUGGUCGAAGAUCCUCCGCGACGAGUACGAUAAGCAGCAGAGGAGAGAGGGUGAAGACAAUGUUGAAGACAGUGAUGAUGAUGAUCAAGAUGAUAGGAUGCCUCCUCAUGAAUAUCUAGCGAGGACCAGAGGUGCCUCAUUCUCUGUGCAUGAAGGUAUUGGAAGAACUCUCAAAGGGAGAGACCUGAGUAGGGUCAGAAAUGCUAUUUGGAAGCAGACUGGCUUUGAGGACUAGCAUAUAUAGAAGAAGAUCACAACUUUUUCUAUCUAUCUAUCUAUAUAUAUAUAUAUAUAGCAUAUGUCAUAUGAUCAAUUUGUGUUGGCCUUUUCUUUUUUUAACUUCAAAUCCUUCGGUUUUUGGAUGUGUGGAAUUUGAUUCGGAGGAUGAAUCAUGUAUUUGAUGCUAACUUUUGAGAUUGUAGGAAAAUUAAUUAAUAUCACUAGCUAAUUAGUCAUUUUGUUUAAUUCCCAUAA